CCCGGCCCGGCCGUUACCCCUGCCCGGCCCGGCCGUUACCCCUGCCCGGCCCGGCCGUUACCCCUGCCUGUGGGACAGGCGGACGCGGCGCCGCGGAGCGGCAGGCGGCGGCCGGCGGGUCUCUCGGGAAGGGAGAAGCUGAGCCGGAUCCCGGCCUCGGUCACUCCUCUGCAGGUCGCCCGCCCGCGCCCCACAGCCGUCCCCCAUGGCCGCGUGGUCCCGGGAGGCGGUGCUGAGUCUGUACCGGGCUCUGCUGCGCCGCGGCCGCGGCCUGCGCUACACCGACCGCGAUUUCUACCUCGCCUCCGUCCGCCGCGAGUUCCGCCGGAACCAGGGGCUGCAGCGGCUGGAGGACAAGGAAAGGCAGCUGGAGAAGGGACGGGCUUUCCUGCAGAGCAGGCUCGGGGGCCUGGUUUAGAGAUUCCCCGUAGCUCCCACCGGUCUCACGUACCUCUUCUUUCCAAAAUCCUCUCGCCAGCCAGAAGGGAUGAUUAACACUCACUACCCACCACUUGCUUGAAGAAGUCCUGAAGGUGCUUCCACAGGCACGCCAGGAGGGCUCUCCUGUUCUCUUCACAAAUGCAUUAGGUCACAGGUAAGAUGGCAGGCGCCGGGCAGCGCAAAGGGAAGAAGGACGACAACGGCAUCGGCACCGCCAUCGACUUCGUGCUGGCCAACGCGCGGCUGGUGCUGGGCGUGGGCGGCGCCGCCAUGCUGGGCAUCGCCACGCUGGCCGUCAAGCGGAUGUACGACCGGGCAAUCAGUGCUCCCAGCAGCCCCACUCGCUUGAGCCAGUCGGGAAAGAGAAGCUGGGAAGAGCCAAACUGGCUGGGCUCCUCCUCACGCCUGCUGACCCAGGAUAUGAAGACCAGCCUCAGCCGCUCCCUGCAGACCCUUCCCACUGAUCCUUCGGCUGCAGACACUGACUUCUUUCGACCCACAAAGCCCAAGCCAUCUGCCAAGAGGAGUCAGGUGGAGCUGAAGAAGUCCCGCCUUCGCCUGUCCCUGCAGGAGAAGCUGUUUGCCUACUACCGGCGGCGGGUGGCGAUCCCGGCGGACGAGCAGGCUCGGGCCAAGCAGGCGGCCGUGGAUAUCUGCGCGGAGCUGCGCAGCUUCCUGCGCGCCAAGCUGCCGGACAUGCCCCUGCGGGACAUGUACCUCAGCGGCAGCCUCUAUGAUGACCUGCAGGUAGUGACAGCUGACCACAUCCAGCUCAUUGUACCUCUCAUGCUGGAGCAGAACCUGUGGUCGUGUAUCCCCGGGGAGGACACUAUCAUGAACAUUCCUGGCUUCUACUUGGUGCGUCGAGAAAACCCAGAGUACUUUCCUCGCGGGAGCAGCUACUGGGACCGCUGUGUGGUGGGAGGUUACCUUUCCCCCAAAACUGUAGCAGACACCUUUGAAAAAGUUGUAGCUGGGUCAAUCAACUGGCCAGCAAUUGGGAGUCUCUUGGACUAUGUGAUCCGUCCCGCGGCUCCCCCAGCAGACUUGACACUGGAAGUCCAGUAUGAUGCAGAUCGGCAUCUUUUUAUUGACUUUCUACCAUCCCUGACACUGGGGGACAUUGUCCUCGUUGCCAAACCUCACCGAUUGGCCCAGAAUGACAACUUGUGGCGACUGAGCCUGCGGCCAGCGGAAACGGCUCGCCUCCGCGCCCUGGACCAGGGGGAUUCUGGCUGCCGCUGCUUGUGCCUCAAGAUCUUCAAAGCAGUGUGCAAGUUAAACCCAGCUCUGGGACGCCUCACUGCCAGCCAGCUCACCAAUGUCAUCCUGCACCUCUCCCAGGAGGAGUCCGACUGGUCCCAGGACAUGCUGGCUGAUCGCUUCUUGCAGGCACUGAAGGGGCUGAUCCGCUACUUGGAGGCAGGUGUCCUCCCUAGUGCCCUGAACCCCAAGGUGAACUUGUUUUCAGAGCUCACCCCUGAAGAAGUGGAUGAGUUGGGCUACACCCUCUACAGCUCUCUGUCAGAGCCAGAGGUCUUGCUGCAGACAUAAUGGGGCCUUACCUGGGGAAGUGUUGAUAGGGUUUAGCCAAUGCAGACUUUGAUUACUGCAAAUUAUAUCUCCUCCACUUCUCCAUAUCUCCCUCUCUCUCUUUCUCUCUUCACCACUCCCCCGUUUUGGUUCAUUAGUAAUUCCUGCUGUGGAGUUGGUGCUCCCACUGAAUUUCUUGGUGCUAACUGGUCCAUUUCCACCAUCUCUGCCCCAACAGGUAGUCAUUGGCUAGGGAAGAGAGGCUAAAAUUGCAGCUCUGAGAUCUUCACAUAAAUUCUGCUGAGUUUUAAGUGUCUACCAAAAAAUGAACUAAACUAUGCACUUCUUUCUUCUGUACUACACUUACAGCAGCAAGCCCUUUUUGGUCUGAAGAAGGUGGAACUGGGCUGGUAAAUCCAGUGAUGAUUUUAGUAGACGUGCACUGAGGUUGUUUAAUUUCCUCCAGCCUGACUUCGCCCUAUGUUUCUUUUUCUCUGCUGUCCUACACUGUCUCACUUUCUUUUAUGUUCUUUUGGCCCAGUCAUGCAGGGCAGACUGAGUGAGAUAUUUUGGAUAGGGUUCUUUUUGUAUUUCUGAGUUGAUAAUGAUUACACUGUCAAUAUUUAGGGCUGUAGAGCUUGAAAUUGGAGAAUUUCCAAAGCUCCUGCUCCCAUGGAGCCUUCUCAUCCUUUGCAAGCUGGGUUCAGAAUUAAGGGCCAAAAUUUGCUGCAACCGCAAUGUCUUGUACAGGCAGUUCUUGUUGAAGCUAUCACAGGGGAGGAAGGAACCCUUGUGGUCUGGCUGUGUGAUGAGGCUGAGGGAGCAGAGCUUGCUGUUCCUGCCUAGCCAGAUCUGCUGGGAAUGGUCUUGGGAGUGGAGAACAAGGCAGCUCUUCAGUUGUCUCUGUCCUAGGGGAAGAGAGGGUGAUUACGGGGGAAGGGUGGGAGACACACAUGGGAAUGGGUUUUUUGUUGUUUUUUUUUCAUUUUUCCACCAAGAGCUUAUGGUUUUGGUUUAUUAGAGGUGGAAACAAGACUGCAUGCCUCAAAGGGUUUUGGAAUAAGCACACACAAGCCAGAUUCUCACCAGCUCUAAAGGCUGUGAAGGUGGUAGAACUGAACUGACGAAUCAUCAGCAAGGUUCUGUCCCAUACACUAGUAUUAGGGUACAUAUACAAAGCUGGCAUUUAGGGAUAUAUUAGCUUUGCCACCUGCUCUGUGUGCUUUAGUCUCCUCCCCAGAACUGAGGCUGUCCAUCCCCUUCCUCAUUCCUCUGUGUUGACUUUCCAGUGCUCCCGUUUUACUAAUACUCUUAGAAACCUGGUGAGGGCACACCUCCCCAGUGUGUCUGUUGGGACCUGUUGGCAGUGCAGUUCUGCUCACUCCUGUCUAUUGUUGCUGUCAGGCUGUAGACUCUUUGUACUCUGCAUUAAGCCACCUGCUGUCUUCAAAAAGUGGGAUUGAAGGUGUCCCCCCAGGUGUGGAGUUCUGUGUGUAUCUCAAAAGACCGGCGUAACUAUUGUUUUAGAAACAUAUUUGCCUUUUCCUUGCUUUAGGAGCUUUUUUCACCCUUGCUGUCCAGUCUCCUUAGCCAGUGGAGAGGAGUACUGUAGCGGCAGAGUUUGUAGGGAGCAGGAAUCCUUUAUUCCUUUUCUUCUCCCGUCCCCUCAGGACUUCCCCCAUCUUUGACAGAGAAGUUUCAAGGUGAAUUUCAAGAGUAGAACCACAGAGGGAAGUCUUUCACCCCGUUUUUUUUUUAGAGGCAGUGCUGGUGAGGUGAGGGAGGGAGCAUCUUUCUCGGACAAUCUGUCCAUUUUAGCCAGUGUGUCAGAUAGCAUUCUGUAUACAGUGAUAAUGCAACAUUGCAUUUUAAAUUAUUUAAUCCUUAGGGUACUGGUAUUUUCUAGACUGCCAGAUGUGUACUUUGGAGUCUGUGUGUGUAUAUAAAGUCUAUAGUCUAUCAAAGGUUAACAGGAAUCCCAUUUGUAUGACUUUGUGUUUUGUAAGUUUUGCAGCAGUCAGUGUUGUUCAACUGUUGAUUGCUCUUCACUCUGGUUCCCAGAUUUUUUCCCCUCUUCCUUUCCUUGCCCCCCACUGCCUUUCUGAUGUCAGCCUUCUUACCUUAAAAGCAGACAGAUGAGACUUGGAGCCUACUUGGAGGCUACUGGGGGGAAUUCCCCUUGUUUUUAAUUAC